AUCAAACCCGUAAAUGGUAUUUCUAUGCUCAGAACAAUUAUAUUAAACGUACUCGUUUUUCGAAAAUAGCACUGCAAUACCGGUGGCUGCUUUCACUGGCCAGCUUCCGUUUUCGAAUUUCGCUAAUUUUACAGUUUACACAUAACAGUGCCAUGCUCAACGUUAGCUGGAUAUUUUUGGUCUCUUUGAUUUUGCAGCAGUACUGCGCUACUUGUCAAGAAGAUCCAGCUGGACUAUCAUCGUCACUUUCUACGCCCAACCAACCUGACGACAGCUUAGUCUCCCAGAAUUUGGAUUUAGUCAACAGGCUAUUUGGUGGAUUCUUGGGUGCCGGUGGUGGUCCCAGGGGAUCUGUCUCGCAAAGUGGUCUAUUCCCGGGUGGAGCCAGCGGUAUUUUAGGAGCCAAUACCGGUAGUGCUUCCGCAUCUAACUGGAUGCCCUUUGGGUUAUUCGUGGGUGAUAUUAACCGCUAUAAUAAUCGCAUCGGUGGGGAAUGUGUACUUGUUGGAGCGAAAUGCAAAAUCGACAACUCCAUUUGCAGUUCCAUGCUGACCGGUGUUACGUCCAUCGGAAAAUGCCAGUGUAAAUCCGGAUUUCAGGAAAUGAAUGGAGAAUGCUUUUCUGUACUUAUUCGCAGUGCAAUCUGGGAUACGCCACUGGAGAGCGAGCCGGUGCUAGUCCAAGCUCUAACCCAAACUCACUAGCUAGAGCUCUACGAAACUGUAGCUGUGUUAAUCAGUUGAUGGCAUCUUUAAGAAACUGAUCACCCCUUUUUACUGCACUAACAUCGUUAAGCAAAUACUAGUCCGUACUAGUAUAGUGCAAUAUCCGUUUCCUGAUUCUUUGUAAAUUUUUGACGCUGACGUAUUUGUAUGCAUGUAUUUUGCAGCAGCCAUAUAUGCAUAUUGCAUACGACUAAUAAUGUGCGCACCACGCUCCUGCU